AAGUUCCAACAUACCAGGACACGUGGCGAAUUUCACAUACCUCUACUACUUUCAGAAAGAAAACUUUCAGAAAGAAACUCCGGAAAUACUUACUUACUCACUCAAUAACCGGCUAUACAAGGUCAGAGACAGAGGAAAAAUUCCUAUUUUUACGAUAUGACGGUGUCACAAUCGUUGUAGAAUCAAUCGUGGACCAGAUUCGCAGACACUUAGAGCGCCGAGCAAACAUCAUGGCUGCCCCAUACGUUGAGGAGCUGGCUGCGGGUCUGCUCAUCGGGGAUGCGUUUUCCGAUGAUGGCGAACAAGCGAGCGACCAAGAAGGACCGUCGCGCGUCGUGGCUGAUGAAAGCAAGAGGGCCGACAAGCUGUUUUACGUUUGCGACGUUGCCUCCCUGUCCAAGCGGGAGCUGGGGCUCUGCAAGUGGUCCACUGGUACUUCAAAAACUGCGACUGCCACCUUUUUCGUUCGCUGCGACUUGAAGAAUGGCGCCUUUCUUGGGUUCUGGCCCCCACCACACGUUGUCGCCGAUACCGCUGCGGCUUCUUCCUCGGGCAGCAAGAAAGCUACACCAGACGAGAGCGAAGGAAAGGCCGCGGUUGAAGCGAAACUUGCGAUCGUACACACGACUCUGACAGCGGGAGAGUUCGGCUUCGGCGCUAGAGUUCAGCCGAACGAGGAUGAAAAUUCUCCGAAAAACAUAGAACAGGGCGACAGUGAGAUGUUGUCGCCAGCAGCGAAUGGAGCAAAUGGAAGUAAUGCACCAGUGGCACACCAUCAGGAGGCACCGCCACAAGCAGGGGCGCCCGCAGUUGCAGCGGAAAACAACGCUGGAGGAGAUGUCAGCAGCGCCGGAAACAACACGGAUUAUCCUGGGGACAGAGCGAAAACAACGAAAAAAGUGGAUCGGGUUUUGGAAGGUGCCGUGGAUCCUUGGUCGUGGCGGUUGCUGGCGUACGGCGCGGCUGUAACCGGUAGUACGUCUCUUCUAUCGGAUUGCGUGUACGGAAAAAAGAUAUCGGCCCAGGAUCGCGAUGAUUUCUACGACUACACACUGCUGUCCGUCGGGGUUGUGGCUGAGAAAACCCAGAUUGUUGAAUUCUUUGCUCACGACCUGCUCGGUUACCAUUGCGAACAUAUCGAACUCCCACCCGAGAGAAACAUGACAACACUGGAGGGUAGAGUUCUCAUCACCCACCUCGCUUGCGUGCUUUUCGCGGCCGAAAACUCGUUCGACGGGGAAACGGCUCUGAGUUACGCGAUCCGACACGGAUUGCGAACCAUCGUGCGGGACAUUCUCACGAGUUACGAAAUGGUCAAAUGUACGAGAAUGCUUCACUACAUCAAACUCGGCGCGGAAACCACCUGGAGAGCUGAAACCGCGACUGGUACCUCGUCUUCGCACCCGAGUAAACAAGCGGAAAAAAACCGAUGGGUAACUUUAGAACGCGAUAGGACUACUGAAGAAGACCGAAAAAAAGCGCAGGAGCUGCAAAAACGUUUUGCGAGCGGAGUAGAGGUGGAAACAACCGGAAGCAAAGCACAGGAGCAGCACACGAUUCACACCGAGCCCCUGCUUCGCGCUCUAUACGAUCUCCUUGCAGAUCCAAGUCGACGGAGCUUGCGCAUGCGACGAUUAGUGUUUCCUUUGAUGCGAGUCCUGCAGAUUGGCAAUACGGUUUGUUGCAGCAACAAGGACGAUCCAAGCGCGUGUUUAUACGAUUUAACGAAGUUACAGGGUUAUUUUAGCGCCAUCGGGGGCGGCGCGCCGUGGUGGGGUCCCGUAAUCGCGACGGUGCCUCGAUUCUUGCUGCCCGGUUCGGGUUCGCCAUCAAAGAAGCGCUCGAUGCCUGCCAGUAGUACAAAUUUGGUUGCCGCGGCCGAGUAUGAAGCCGAGGUGGACUUUGCAGAUACCAUUUCCAGGCUGGAAAGCGAAAGCUUCAAGCGGUUUUGCAACAAUUCUGUUUGGCGACGGUGUGUGUCCCUGGCAAAUCAUGCGAAUGGCUGGAGCCCAGAGGACGUGUAUGAAGAAAUUGGAGGCGAACUCGACUUCAUGGGGCGACAGAGGGCGCUAAUGAACGAGUUUGUCGUGAGGUUCUGCAGCAAGGCUGUGGCGAUGGGGGCGACAGACGCCCUCCUCUGGUUCGCACGCAAGGUAGCACCUGUGCUCGACGUGCCGAUUAGGAGCUCCCUUGUUCUCUCUCUUCAGGAAAACAAGCUCCGUGGGAACAAGAUCAACCUGGGGGAGUCUGCCAUUCUAGGGGUGACGGAUAUUCAUCCCGAGAAUGCUGCCACCGUCGCUUUCGAACUUGCCGGCAUGCUCGGUUUGGCAAACCCCGAGCAAGCAGCAAGUGCGCGCAAAUCGGAUGAGAAGUUUUUCGAGGAACUUUUCUACUCGGGCACGUGGAAGGGCAAAACUUCCUUCCAGGCCAAGGGUCUCGCUGCAGAAGAGAAGAUGCUUAAGAUGCGCAAAAAGCAAGCAAAAAUCGUCUCGGCAAGUCCGUCAGCGAUCGGUUCAUACGAAAAUUUUUCACUUGAACAGCUCAACAACAAUUAUACGUGUAAAAGCUUGCCCGACCUGGUGAAGGUGACAAACCACAGUAUCGACUCGGAGAUGGUAACUGCAACUGGGCGAAAGCUCAGCGAUGUCAGCGCUGCGGUACAGCGAAGGGAGGCGAAGGCCGCAGCUGCGAGCAGAGGCAGGGGCACGGCGAAAAAGUUCAAGACAGCCGAGGCUCGGUUGCAGGCUUUAUUGAAAGAUCUACACGCGAAAGACGGUGACGGUCACGACGCCGCGCGGCGUGAGUUGCUCCACACAGCGUUGCAGCGAGUGACAGAGGAUAUCAGGGAUAGUACGGCCGCCUUGCAGGACUUGUUUGACACGCCGACCCCAACCACCGUCUGGUCCGCCUUCCUGCGCUGCUACAAGGAGGAAGAGAAGCGCCGAGGCGUGUACCAUUCGAUAGUUUCUAAGAUUCGCGAUAGUACCUUCGGGUACAGAACGGUUGCAGUUUUCGAAUCAAUGGUUUACCCGUCGCUUGACUUCGAGAGAGUGGACUUGCACAUGUCGGGGUUGCGCAGUCGUGCCGCCUUCGGGGUGCGCAGGCGCUUGGCGCGCCUGUUGCAUCCGGAGGGCGUGCAGCUGCAUGAGAAGGUUGACAAGAGGGCCAUUUUCUUGGCUAGCAAGACAACAGAAGGAACUAUCACGGUUCGCGGCGUCAAGGUGCCAGUAACAGAAAAUACGUCUGAAAAAUUCAAAACAUCGCUUCUCGCCGAAAUGGAGCGUGAGCGUCUCAAACUGCUGGAGACCAUUUCCCGGAACCUGCUGCUUGUGCCUCGUCGCUGGCGCCCACGGAAACUUCGCAAGUUCCCCUAUGACGGGUUCGUGAUUGCGGCGGGCGACUCCAGCGGAGAAGACGACUUUUGUUCGGACUCGGAGGAUGAGAGUAAAUUCAGCCUGGUGACGAUGCGCAAAAUGAAUCCGGUAGAAAACGCGGACCGCCGGUACAGGGAGGUGCUUGCGUGGCAUAAAGCAAAUUUUGUCGCGCCCGACGUCGCAAAGAUUUAUCGUGUGAAGCCGAUGAAGGAAGCAGUGGCAGACCUGUUCCGAUUGUAUUUGCAGCAAAGUCUGGCUCUGGCGGCUGUGACAUCGGUACAGGACGAGGAAAACGAGCAGCAAAGUGAUGCUGGUCCAGCCCCGAAAAGAACAAAAAAUUGUCGAACUACUCCCGCCCAGAUGAAGAAAAAGUCCCGCAGCUCAACAUCUUUCGCCCAACCGACAACUGAAAUCGUGAAACAGUUCAAGAUGACGCGAGCGGGUAUCAUGUUCGAGGAUUUGCCGAGACUGUUCCUCCUGCUCACAAUCGACCACCAUGCCUUCUUUCGCUGGGCGAUACAAGAGAAGUGGAUAGACCUAAGCACCGAAAUCAUUCCGAAAAACUUUUACGAGGAGGAAGUUGAGGACGGCGGGGAGCAUUCCGAGCGCCAAGCGAGAAUGGCUGACCACAACAAGGGAACCAAUUCUGAGACGGAAGAGCAUUGCUGCCCCAUUUGCUUGGAGACGUUGACCGAGAAAAACCAAUACCGAGCGCUGUGUGGGCAUCGCUUUUGCCGAGCCUGUGCGUUUCAAGAGUUAGUGCAACCUUGCGCGCUGGACAAAAACGGAAUCGUCUGGGAGGUGACAAACCAAAUCACGACGGUAGAAGCCGACGGGACGAAGAAAAAAACCGUAACUUUGAAGCGGAUCGGGAAAGACGGCCUCGGUGACUAUGGAGAGGAUGACGGCGCUGACGAGCAGCAACAGGCCCUCGAAAACGAGGCACAGGGGCAAGAAGCUGCUCCAGCCGCUCUCAACGUUGAGGCUGCGAACAAUGAUAUGCAAGUAGAAGAUGCUGGCGCGGGCCCCGCAGUGGUUGCCGAAGCAGUUCUUGGACAGGACGAGGCGGCUGCGGUUGUAGUACAACCUCCUGACGCGCCGGUGGAAAACGAGUUUGAAUUUUACGACAUAGAUUACCUGGACGAUGCGCUUCCCGCGCGUCCCAUUCGCAGCAGGACCCUCGCUUUUUUCUACUUGCCACGCGAGCAGAAGAACGAGUCCGGGAGCGGGCCGGGCAACAAGAAGUGCCCCGUGUGCCGCGAACCGCUCAAGCCCGGUUCGCUGUCGGACGCCUUCGCCCUGCAACUUCUGGUGUCUGGCAUUUGGAGGUCUCGCAGGGAGACGCAGAGGCUACAGCCGUUCCCGGCUGUGAGCCUGUGCAGCAAGGUGGAGGGUGGAAAUGCUCCUGUCACUCCGGGAACGACACUGGGCGAGGCCUUGGUUUCCCUCGCAGCGGCCUGCGGCGCGGUUUCGACACUGCAAGUUCUUCUGGAAGAAGGCGAGGACACGAUCAGAAGUUGCAGUGCUGGCGCUUCAUGUGCAAAGGCUAGCACGCAGAACAACAACAAGUGCUGUCUGGCUGCAGACAGCGCAAGAGAAAUGUGCUGCGGUGCCAGUCCGCUGUGGUUCGCGAGCUAUUUCAACCGCCAGACGGUCCUGCAUUGGUGGACGCACUGGGCCAGAAAGGACCAGAACGCCGGCGGAAAAUACGUGACAACAGAUCGAUUGCGAGAGAGUUUUGUUGCGCUUCACUCCGCGCCAUCCACCGAAGCCAUACUGGACCCGAGCGCGAUUCUGGAGCGCAGGGGAAAGGUCGUGACUUAUUGCGGUGCUGUGUUGAGCUCGACCGGAAUGACGCCACUGCAGACGUUGGUCAUGCCACGAAAGUCGAAGGAAAGCGUCGUGCGUGCGGAUCUGGCGCUUGAUUACUACGCGUUAGCCCUUGGGAAGCCAGUGGCGUCGACUUUGAGAGACGGAGAUCGAAAUAAGAAGCAGGCGGUCAGUGGCGGAGAACAGCUUGUCCCUUGGUGGGUUUCCUACAUCGACGAGACCUCGACCGAUCAGAAAAUUCCAAACAUACCCGAGACGAUGCCUGACACUUUGAUCGAGGUGGUCUCGCGGGUCCACGAGUUGUCAUCGAGCUCCUCUAGUCACCCGCCCUUCAGGCAGACGGAGUCGUUGCGCCGGUGGAACAGGCUCUUGUCUUGCCUAUCCAACGCGGAGAAAGUUAGGGAGGAGCUGCAACAAGCCGCCGGACAAUAUGCGAUGUCAUGGCCGCAAGAGAAUCCAUUGUUCCUGUGGAGCUACCAUCUUGCAAAGGCCCAGCCGGCGGGAUUGGGCGCCGUUUUCCCGAAGGAAUUUAACUUGUGGAGCAUGAUGCUCCAGAGGAAGCCAGCGACUGACCUCCUCCAAGUUAUUGAUGCGGCGAAGAUCUUGCACCAGGUGGGCGACAUUUUCCAGGAGGCCGGCGAAAGUAAAUGGACUUUGCAGGCCUACAGCUUCUGCAGCUUUUUGUUAGUGCUGCUGACCAAUCCAGCGCCGCAGAACGGGAAGCUGCUGCGACUGCUCGUCGAGCAGCGGAGUUCGACUUUCUCGAAGGCCCUGAAAGAGUGCGGCGGUGUGUUGUCGGAAAUGCUUGUUCGGGAGAUCCGCGACCACAUGGAGCAAGCAAAGGACGACGAGUUCACUGAGGAGCUAGCGUUAUUGAAGAAAGUCAACAAAUUCGCAGGGCACACUCUCGCAGUGUUCACUGACACGCCGGUAGUGGCAAUCUACCGCUUCCUGGUUCUGCUGGCGGUCUUGGGGCAGCCGCGUUGCCGUGAUCAAGUGGCCGACUUGCUUAUUGGCAAGACCGGUGCGGGCGGGAGACUUCUGCAGGAGCAACGCCGAAGAACCCUGCAGAUGGAAGAGCAAGAACGUGCUAAGAAAGCCCAGAAUGCAGAGAACCAGAAGGAUCUCCAAGAGUUGCAAAAGGCCCAGUACGAAGCAAGAUGCCGCCAGAUCUACCUCAGUGCAAAGCAGCGUUUUCAAGACAUUGAGGCCGAGGCGCUCGCAGGUCUGCCGGCCGCGAGCGCCACCCUUCUGAAGGAUUUAAGGGCGGUGUCGCAAAUUUUGCUUCGAAGACGAGCGCUGCGAUGCGCCGGCUACCCGUCCGCUGCCCGGAUAGCUCACGACUGGCAGUCUUUUGAUAUGGGAGCAACUACAACGGAGUAUGGCUUUCAGCGUCUGGUGUGUUUGAUUCUCCUAGAUGAAAGCGAGCUCGCCGCCUCGCUCGUGCAGGAAGUUCAGUCCUCUCGUAGUACAGAGAAGAGCAGCAGUAGUACACUCUUGCCACGAGAACAAACACACGAGACAGCACCACCCGAUCCGAGUGCCUCGCCUUCAAGCCCCCCCGCGAAAAAGCGGAAACUUGACGACGCGUCAGCGAGCAGCUCAAAACCACACGCGACGGGCGGCGAUGCGGAAGAUCCUCUGCUCUCUUUCGCUGAAAUGACCGCACGAGGCUGGGAUCGGAAACGAAUCGAAAAAAGCGUCUCCCACUACAUUGGACGGCCGUUGCAAAACCUGGACGCUGCUUUUCGCAAAAAGGUUUUCGCACGAGAAACUAUCGCGCAACUGGCGGAUUUGACCCUGGACGAUAGCAAGUCGACAUCUGCCAGUUCUACGGGACCCGGUGCUUCUUCUGCCGACAAAGGACACGACCACUUUGGAUCUCUAAUCGUGAACCUGGUGGAUUUCCCGACCAGGAUAUUGAAAUCGAGGUCGAUCUCGUACAGCGCGCAGAAGCAUGAGGGCCUGGUCGGCAGGAAAAUCAGCCGUGAUAUCCAGAACCUGAUACACAAGUACGACAUAGAUUGCGAGCGUGACUGUGGCCCGGAUUGUGCCGGAGUACUGAACGGGACGCCUCGUGCGCAGAAGAAGAAAGCAGAAGAACUGUGGAGGACACUCGGGGGAGAGGAAAGCAAGAAGAAGAAACUGGCGGCCACAUCGUAUUUGGACGCGUAUGCAGCGGCGAGGCGCAGAAAGGUUUCUUCUCUGGGCUUCCUGUUGCGGCAGAGGCGGUUUGAACAGGCAGAGAUGUUGUUCGACUUAGAAAGGGCCCGAGACGUCGCGCGACCGCCCAAAUCACCAGAGGCAAAGGCAGAGGCGGCGGAGCAGAAAAAGAAAAAAACAAAGUUGAGAAAAAUGAAGCGGCGCGAAAAGCGCGACGCUGCAGCGGAUGUUCGCAGACAACGGGGGGUGCCGAUGGGCGAAGGAGCAAACACUGCCACCGGAGAGCGGGAGGAUCCAACAAAAACCCACACAGAGGACGCGGAAGCUGCGCCUCCAGCAAGGCGGCCUCGGUUGAUGUCGCCCGGGUUUGUGUCCGACGAUUCCGACGCAGAAGAAGUUUACUCGGCCGCGGAAGAUACCGACGAAGCUGACGGGCAGUCAGAAGAUUCAACGGACGACGAGGACAAAGAGCACUAUCCGCCGUGGCGCGAUGUAACAGAGUACAUGCCCAUGAGGUAUCGGAAGGGCUGGCGGGAUCGCGUGUGGUACGAGCGCGUUCUGGACACCUACUUGUACGAGGAGGUCGUUUGCGAACAGUUGCUGAAAAAGGACGCCGCACUCAUGGGGCUGUCGCCUGCACAGGGCAAACAGAUCCAGUCUGAACUUGAGUGGAUUGCAGACUAUCUCGCGAAGACCGUACAGAUCGGAAUGCUCUCCUUCGCACCCGUCGCGAAAAGCAGUGAAGGAACGGCUUCUACUCGCCCGUACUGCCUGUGGACCGAUUACUCCUUCGUGCACGGUGGCCUCGGGUUGGGGGGCAGGUACUCGCGAGAGGGAGAGCCGCUUUUCAUCUUCUUCUGGCAGCUGAUCCUGCAGAGUGAACAAAGAGACGGCAUGCACAGUCGUCUUGCAGGGCUCGAUAGUGGCAGGAGGGACCUCACGUUUUCUUACGGGUCCGAAAAUGAAGAGUGUUCCUCCCUCUACUUCCGGUACAAUCCGGACUGCAAGGUACUAGAGGAAGAGUUUGGUCGUGGAGACCAGCGUUUGGGUGUUAUGUUGAAAGAGUUACGCAAAUCCGCGGGAGCUAACAAGAAAAAAUGUGCUGCCAGCGCUGGAGCAGAAGAAGAAACGAAGCCCCGCGCGAAGCAAGCGACGCUAGGGGACGACGAGCUUUUCCUCGCCGUGCACGUUGCGCGCCUCAUGAAGGAAAAGCGAGAGGCCGAGCGCAUUCGACUCGCAAACUUCUUUUCCCUGAUGCAAUUCGUUGGCAAGAAAAUCGUGCAAGUUGGCGGGAAAAUGGCGCUUCUCACCAUCGGGAUCCAGCGAUACCUUGAUGGUGAUGACGCGGCCUCGAACGGAUCUGUUGACGAAAGCAAUUUGGCACUGCUGUGGCGUCUACUUCCGAGAACAGUGCGUCAAGAUGGCAAAGUUCCGGUGGCGUUGCUUUUGCGGGUGGUUGUCCUGCUUCUGGAGUUACUUUCAGAGCCGGUGGACGCUACCAGUUUUGAAGAACCAACAUCGAGCCCCGAAGGGCGUCAUUCGGACGAGAGAUCAUUCUGGGAAGAGAAGAGCGAGAGCAAACAGCUGCUGCCGUUGGUAUUGACACGUUCGCUUCACGACGGGGACGUGGAGGAGACCCAUUUUCUUCCACGCUAUCCCCAGAAGCAGUUCCAGACACCCGGGGAACGCAUACUCUACCUGGAUUCGCGCUUCUCGCCCGUGCAGCCGCGCUACGAGGAUUACAUGUGGUCGCAAACCGACAGCGAGGCACACCAAGAUCCCCACCGCUUGCUUGUGAGUCAGCUCUUGAGUCCGGAAGACGAUUCGGAAGGGCACUGGAAGCAGUGGGCCGAACGGGAGACCAGAAGCGGGCGCUCUCCCGUUCCGGACCCCAACUUUACACACUACUGGACGGGGGAAAACGAGCCGAGCUUCUGGACUCUGGAGAAAUUGGAAGAAGCUGCCAGAGAUAUUCAGGAUCUGGUUUCGUCAACCAACGUAAAAACGACGCCGGCGGCGACCGCUUCGAGCAAGACCUCGUCGUCCAUUUUGACGGACAAGCAGGAUUUUACGCUGACGGCGGCGUUUGCCGUGCGAUUCCUCGUUUUGCGGUGCGGUCUUGACGUGCAGCAUCUGGCCAUCGACGAACUGCACCCGGACGGCUCGGAUGGUCACGGGAAGCAGCUGGCUUACGAAGACAGUCAGUCUGCCAAGCAAAUGACCCGAGCGGAACUCGAGCAGCUGCGCAUGCUUCAGUGGCAGCAGCCUCGCAAAAGGACGUACUACUUGUAGAGUGAUGUGGCCCUGCCGUGACAAGGCAAUUUAACAGAUUGGCGAAAAGCACAAUAAAUCUGCAAACAGAAAUCGAUCAUGUCCACCAUUUUCGAACCACGUUUGGUGCGUACUUUUGGUAUAAAAAGAUAGUGAGAACUGCGACAUCGACGUGGAAACUCAUCCAGGCGACGCGAACGCAUU